UGCAGCGAUGAAAGCAGAGGAGACAAUCGAGUUAGACCCGUCGAUGUGCUAUAUAAUCUGCUAAACCUGAGACAUUUUAGUGUCGGUGCGCAGCCCGAUACGCUUCCUGCUCCGCAGUAGAGUGUAUAUUUCUUUCUCCCUCGGAACACUGUUGGGCAAUUCUCACCGCUCGAAGGGAACCAGAGCCAGCCGGGGUGCAGACGAGUCGGCCCUCUGCAGCGUGAAUCACCCCAGACUCGCCCUGUCGCUGAUUUUUUUGCGGUCGUUUCUCUGUGGACGUGCGCAUCCCCUCGGAGGCAGACGGCAGAGGGGAGGGGAAGGGACGGGAACCGACUCGGUGCUGGACCGAGGCGCGCUACGAGGCAGAGCAUGCUAAAGAAUGAGCCAAAGGGACACGCUGGUUCAUUUGUUCGCCGGAGGAUGUGGUGGUACAGUAGGCGCCAUUUUGACUUGUCCCCUGGAAGUGGUCAAAACCAGGUUGCAGUCGUCUUCCAUCACACUAUACAUCUCUGAAGUCCAGCUCAGCACCGUUAAUGGAACCAGCGUUGCCCGUGUUUCUCCACCAGGACCCCUGCAUUGUCUCAAGUUGAUCUUGGAGAAAGAAGGUCCUCGCUCGCUGUUCAGAGGUCUUGGCCCCAACCUUGUAGGAGUGGCACCUUCCAGGGCAAUCUACUUCGGAGCCUAUUCAACAGCCAAAGAGAAGCUGAAUGGAGUUCUGGAGCCAGACUCGACCCAGGUGCACAUGUUGUCCGCUGGGAUGGCAGGGUUCACCGCCAUCACAGCCACCAACCCGAUCUGGCUGAUCAAGACCCGUCUACAGCUGGACUCCAGGAACCGAGGAGAGCGGCGCAUGAACGCGUUUGAGUGCGUGCGGCGGGUGUACCAGGUGGAUGGCCUCCGAGGUUUCUACAGGGGGAUGUCAGCCUCGUACGCUGGCAUCUCUGAGACUGUGAUCCACUUUGUGAUCUAUGAAAGUAUCAAACGAAAACUGCUCGAGUCCAAAGUCCACAACAGCAUGGACGAAGAGGACGAGACGUCUAAGGAUGCGUCAGACUUUGUGGGCAUGAUGCUCGCAGCAGCCACAUCCAAGACCUGCGCCACCUCCAUCGCCUAUCCCCAUGAAGUGAUCCGCACGCGACUACGAGAAGAAGGCAGCAAGUACCGCUCCUUCUUCCAAACUCUCCUGACAGUCCCCAGAGAGGAGGGAUACCGGGCGCUGUACCGCGGCCUGACCACGCACCUCGUCAGACAGAUUCCUAACACCGCUAUUAUGAUGUGCACCUACGAGGUGGUGGUCUACCUGCUCGGCCGUUAGCAAGGAGUGGAUUUCUCCUUUCGGUGGCAGAGAACAUAGAAGGAAGCCUUUAGGCUCGGAAGGGUAGGUAUGAACUGUGACAGAGAAGACCAAAGGAAAGCUGAAGAUACUCUGAUGGAGCAGAGAAGGAGGAAAGAGGAAGAUGCAGCUCGAGGGGAGAACAUCAGCAUCAUCGGGGGAGAGUAAACGUCUCAGAGGAGAGGUGCAGAUUGUAGAGAUCUGUUGGAUUUGUCUUCAAGCUGAAUUCAGUGGCCUGAAAAGAAAUAAUUUGUUUCUAUCAAUUUAAAAUGAAAAACAGUAAAACCCUGUUGUAGACGUUCUACAAGGGGAAUGUUUGAAGGCAACUUUCAUGAUGCGCUAAGGCUUCAUUUAACUAUUUCAAUAGUUUAUAAGUUUUGCACCCUUUGUCUCCAGUAGCCUGCACUUUUUCAGCCACUUUUAGGAAAGUCCAAUAAAGCUGAAGUCGAUUUUGAGACAAAGGUGCCUGUAUGUGUUAAGAUCACCUCAACCUCUCUAGUUUGCACCAAAGAAAGUUAUACUUCAAACAUUCUUCUAAACACUGCAUCUACCGUUGCAUAUCAGCAAAUAAGAACAUCAUCAUAAAAUGUGACUCUUGAUUAUUGUGUGUAUUUGUUGCACACAGAGUGAAGCAACUUUCCAUUAAUAUACUUGCAUGCAGCGCUGAACAGUCAGUUAGUAACUACUGUUGUGAGGAAGACGUGUCAUUUCACAGCCACCAGUCACUUUCACACCACAAAGCUCAUCGUUAAAGACGGUGGCUCUUCAGACGACUAUAUCCAAGAAUUUUAAUGGAAAGUUAAGUGGAAGGAAAACAUGUCUUCAAAAUGGUUCACAAGAGGGAGAAGGAGAGUGUUGAAAAGAUUGUGAAGCAAAUGUCAUUAAAAAAAAUCUAUUUUGCUCACUUUCUUGACCUCCCUUGUUGGUGUCGACAUGGUUUACUUGAAUCGGAGCCUCCAUCUGGAAUUAUGCUUCUGAUCGUCCUGAAGAAACAUAAUUGUUCAACUUGUAGACACUUCUCAGACCUCACUACUCUUGUGUGGAAACAGAAAGCUGUGCCCCUAACAAGAUAAGAAGCCUUCCUUCUGGUUGUUACUGCGUCUUAAAAUUACAGAGUAUCUUCUGCUAGAGAGUUUCUACUUGAACCUAAUGUGACAGUUUGAGGAAAAUAUUUGGAGUGCGACGAUGUUGAAAGGUUCCUCAUCUAAAAGCCUGCUUUGUGUGCGAGUAUGUGGAUGAUGUCUUUGUGUUCAAGAAUGUGUGCCUGCAUGUCAAUCAUAUAUAUACUCCAGAUUUCCAUCCACUAGCUGUUAAUCUCGCAAUACAGAGCAGUUUGGGGUGUUGAUAGACUGGGAGCAUAGGUUCCCAGUCCAUCCAGUCCUUCCUUCCCACUGGCUUCCAACUGACCUGAUAACAUGCACUUUUGUGGCCUUUCAAGGCUCGUGCUUUGCUUUCCUGUCGUGUGGACGGAUGAAACUUGUACAUUGUGAAAGAAAAAAAACAAAAGUAUUACUGUAUUUUAAAUGGCAUUUUGCGCAACCGUUCUGAUAGCAGAUGUUUGUACAGUUUAGACUUUCCAUUUGUUGUGAAGGAUGUUCAGAUGUUUGUAAAUAAUAAUAUAGUGUCUAUGUAUAUCACUUUUUGUUUCUUCCUCAGUCCCUCUUCCCAUCAUGCUUUUGUUUGCCUUUGCGAAUGAUUGUUUUCAUUGUGUGCAAUUGAAGAUGUUUUGACUUUGACUGUUGAUACGCAUUUUAAUGUGGCUUGGCUACUUUUUCCUUUGUUUAUAUGUUGCAGAGAGAUAGCAGAUGCUGCAGAGCCAGUGAAUUUGAAGUGUUAAGGCACUGAGCAUCGGUUUGGUUUGUCGUGUUCAUUAAGAACAAAAUUGUUCCAGUUUGCAAAAGUUGGUGAUUUCUGUCAGAACGUUUACAUGUUCUUUUACACUCAGAUUCUGCUGGGUUUUUUUUUUUUCUUCUUUUUUUGCAGUUUGUUUUGAUGUCACAGUUAGUUGGUUUGUAUGGGGCAGUUCUGAAACUGGAAUAUAUUUUCAGACACUAUUCAAGAAAGUGCUUCAGAUGACUUUAAAACAGCAAAACACAAUAAAACAAAUGCUUUGCAGUUACCAAGGGUUGUGUUAUUACACACUCGCACAGUGUAAUGAAAAAUUGCUUCUCCACUGAAAGAAAGUGGAGAGCUUUUGAACGCCCCAUACAGACUCCAUGUGUUGCAGUAUCAUGUCAUAGGCAAACAGAUUUUUAGUAACCUGUGUUAGUUUUACAGUGUGAGUCUGGCAUGCUACCAACCUACAUUGUUUUCUUUUUGUCUAAAGAAAAGAAAGACAACAUGCUUUUUUUAUGUCCAUGUGUUGCUGUAGAACACUAAAAGCUUUGAUUAUGUCUCAGCUGUGCUGUCGUAGUACUUGAGGUCACAUUACCUGAAUGGGACCUGAGAAAACAACUGGAGCAAAUCAUGCAAACAUUUCACUUGAUAAUUUAUCAUCGUCUUUGGCAGGUUCCAUUGGAUAGGAUGCAGCCUACAAAAGGGUUGAACUAUACUAAGAUUAUUUUUUUCCCAGCUUUGUCAUUUGUGUGUUUUCAUUUUUGUUUUUUAACACAAAAGCCAAUAAAAAUCUAUUUACAACUACA